AACACUGUCACACAACACAAAUAAGCAGAGCGUGUCUGUGACACUGCAACAGACAGUUUUGACCCCGAAGAGAAGCAUUUGACCAGUUUUCAAGAAAAUAUAAACUACAUUUGUCCAACAGACGUGAUUAUUCAAUCGUCCAAAUGUUAAAGGAACCAGAAGUAGCGAAUUUCGGCCGUAAAAGAGCAAAAGGGUAACGACAGCCAUGUGACAAAGUUUUGUGGCGGGAAAGACGCGCGGAUGCCCGGCUGGCAAGGCUCUGUGAUGGCGGGAAAAACUGUUCAUACAGAGUGUAAACCUCGUAAUUUUGUCAUGUUUACGAUUCAUCCGAAACCUAUUAUUGAUUUUCGGUGCAAUUAUCGUCCAAAAAUUGGGGAGAAUGAGCGCUGCGGUUCUACUUUCUUCAGCAUCAACUUCUGCAGAAGCAUCUACUCCUGGCAAUGGUACAAGUACAUCGCUAAAAACUAGGCCAGGAUGGGCUUCUUCGGCGACCGGCAAUGAACGAAACGUGAAAAGGCAAUAUUCAGAGCCUUCUGGAUCGGUGUUAAAACGCCAGAGGACUCCUUUAUCAAGUUCCACAGCGAACAAUGAGGGAAUGUCGACAAGAAGUGUCAGGCAUUCCUUGCGCACAGAAAAUCAAGAACUGCUUGAAGAUAUGAGUGAAAACGAUUUUGUGCCUCAAAGAAAUCUUGCCGUGGCAUCAGAUGAAAGUCCUGGAGAAACAGAUGUCAAGGUAGAGCUCUUAUUAAAAAAGAUAGAAAUUUAGUCCUUGUAAUCAGCUGUUGUAAUCGGGUGGUGUUUAUAUUUAUUUAUUCAUUUAUUUAUCUAUUUAAAAAAGUCAAUUACCUGUGAAAAUCUUUGAGGUAAAUUCAGAUACCCAGUUACUUAAUUGCAUCUUAUUAAAAACAAAAUGUUGUUACGGUUUCCAUGUACAUUGCAACCCUCCUGUAUCAAAACCUCUUGGAAAUAGACUUCUGUUAAUCAAGCAGUUAGAAUCCUGGGGGAACUCUGCAUAUGAAAGGGGUGGGGAUGCUCGUCGUCUCGCUUAGGGGUGUAAAUUUCAGAUUUUGAUCUCACUUAGGUUGUUUUGGGCAAAAUGCCAACAUAUUUAGCCAUGAAGGUCUCGUUUAGGGUUGCACGCGAAAAAAUAUAAAAAUACACAACAUUGCCUGUGUUUUAACAUGGUCUCUUUUAGGGGUCAAAAAAGCUUGGGCCAUGCCCAGAUCAGUCUCCUUUAGAGGUUUAAUUCAAAAUUUCCGACAAGCAUCCCCACCCCGUUUAUAUGCGGAGUCUCCCCCCAGGGGUUCAAAUGUGCCCCCUAAUGGCAUGUUUGAAUCAUUUGAUGGUCAGAAAUCUAUUUCUAAUAAUAACUUUGAAAAUAAUGUAAGACUCAGGCCCCAAAUUUUCAAAAGGUGGAUAUUGCUUUCUACUGGAUCAAUCUCUAUCCAAUGGAUAACGCAUUUGCAUGUCAUAAAUAUGUUUAUCCACAGGACAUUGAUUUAUCUGGCCCCUGUUGUUCAAAAGUAAUAUAGCACUAUUCAGUGGAUAAAUUACUAUCCAGCGGAUAAGUGUUAGGGAAACUGAUUGCGCUAUGUGUGGAGAGAGAUUUAUCCAGUGGAUAGUGUUAUCCACCAUUUGAACAACUUAACGGAAUAGACUACUGGGCGACAUUAGCACCCCACCAUCUCUGAAGAGUGUUAAACAUCGUAUUCGGAAAUGUCAUUUAAGUGCAAUGGACGAAGAUGAUAAUAUUGAACAAACUGCAUUCUUUAUAACUCCUGACAGAAUGAAAUUUUCCAGACUGGCUCUCUGUUUUAGUUUUUUUAGGUAUUCAGUAACUAGGCUUUUAGUACCGAAUAGUCUGUAGGCUUUUGAUCAUUUUUCUUUAUUAUAUUGUUAAGUGUCCCCAGUUAGUACAGGGUAUUGCCCUAGGCUAGCUACUUUGACACAUUAAUAAAGUUUUUGAUUUGACUGAUUGAUUGAUUGAAACCUGGUGGAUAGCACCAUCCAACGUUUGAACAGCCGGGGCCAGAUCUUUAAUUUUCAUGUUAUCCUGUGUGGUCUAUUGACUUUAAACCCAAACUCUGUCACUGUUGGGAACUAGUGGUUGCAUCUUCUACAAACCUUUAUUUCAUGUAAACCUUGAGUGUACUAUAAAUACGUUAGCCAUAUGUUGUCUUUUAAUAGUUGGUCGAUGCCUCUUUAUGAAAUUAAUUCUGUGUAUGUUUUUCUUUCCUUUUGUUUAUUCAGAGAGUUUUGUCUGUGGUUUGGAGUGGAGGAAAAUUGGGCUCUGCAUAUUAUGAUACAGAGACUUCACAACUGUAUCUGCAGAUGGAUGUCAUUGAGACAAAUGAUUUCCAGUUUCUGAAAAGAGGUGAUUUUUUUAGACCUGUAAAAAUAGAAUUAUUUAAAAUUAUUUCUGAAUGUUUGGUUUAUUAAAAUCUGUUAUUAAACUCAUUCUGCUGUUUGGUCUUGUCGAAUAGACAAAUAAACUGUAUUAAAGUUAUAGUUGUAUACUGUCACUAGUAAAGUUUUAACCAUGUUAACUGAACAGAUGAAAUCCAGGACUUUGCACAAUCAAAAUGCUGUUUUCCUGGUUAGGGAUUUUUGUCCUGGUAGAUAUAAUUCAUUCCUGUCUGGACCUCUCUACAUUGGCUACAUAUGGCUCUCCCUAAUGGGACCAUUGUGGAGAGGUUCAAAUGUAUGUUUAAAGAAAAAUGGCAAGGGCAGCACAUGUGAAUCGUUCUGUUUUUUAGAAUUUGGUUUCAGCCUCUAUGUAUACUAAGAAAUCAAACACUCACUGUUUAUCAAAAUAUGUGGAACAGUUUAUUGAAUAGUUCUUGAGUAUCCAACAUGCUAUUUUUUUCUUUCUGUCUUGUCCAGUGAAAGAACAAGUACAGGCAGAUGUUAUAAUCACCAGCUCAAAACAAGACGAGAGGAUACUCAAGAUUUUGCAAGGACAAGGUACACUGCAUGUGUUUUGAUGUACUAUAGUAUAGUACAACAUGAUAGUGUUAUUUUGAUUGUUCUGUUACUAUUAAUGUUAAAUUAUUUGAGACUAGGAAAACUGACAAAGACUGCCCUUUUAACAUUUCACUUUAUUUCGGUUUGGUUUACCCAAAAAUAUAUGCGAGCACAAGCAGUGGUUGUAAUGCUUUCAUAAUAAGACAAUCUCUUAUCAUAACGUUUUUAUGAUGUAUAUUGUACUCACAGAUUCUAUACAUACUGUAUUUGUACCUUAUAGUAAAACCAAAAGCUGUAGAUUCAUGUACUCCUGCAAACUUGUUUUUUUUGGAGAUAUAAUGUAUAAUGUUACAGGGCAAAAUUAAAUUCAGGUUUAAAUUUUUUAACCUAUGUUAACUCUCAAUAGUCCUAAUUUAUGAAUAAUUAACCUUAAUUUAAUUUUGACCUCUAACAUGUAUUUUUUGGAAUAUGUGUCAUUUGACUGAUUUCCAUUGUGUAAACUCAAAUGGAAUUGGCCUGGUCAUGUGGUGAGAAGGACAGAUAACCAUUGGACUACCUGCAUUACAUUCUGGAUGCCCCAUGGACGCACAAGGAACGGAGGAAGGCCAAGGAUGAGAUGAAGGGACGACUUGGAUAGUUUUGUAAAACACUGGCACCAUGUCACGCAAAACGUGGUCCAGUGAAGGUCAGUGGGGAAGGCCUACAUCCAACAAUGGACAUUUAACAGCUGAAACUGAUCAUUGUGUAAUAUAUUUUUUUUAACGUUAAAGUUACUGAAGGAUAUUAUAUGUUUGCAUUUAUAUUAAUUCAAAUGUUUCAGAAGGGGAAAACAAUGAGGAACCAAUUUGCAAGACAACAGAAGUUGAAAUUCUUCCAAGCAUAGAUUUCUGUAAGUUAUAAUUGUAGCAUCAGUGUUGUAAUCGUAUCACUUUCUCAUUUUCCGCCUACCUGAACUUUCACUUAAUCACUUUUAAAAGUGGUUCAAUCAAAAUUCAUUACUGUUAAUUGGAAUUCAAAGUCAGUUUUAGGUUGACAUUAGCGUUAAUAUAAUGUCUAUUUAUUCAUUAAAUGUAAUAAAUAGGUAUAAACAGGUAUUAAUCAUAAAUAUUGUUUUUUUAACUUAAAUUAUUAUUCAAUGUUAUUAUCAUUUCUUUAUUUAUUUCCAUUUUUUCCGGAAGCUUUUGAAGUGUGCAAGAGACGCGUCAUUGCCUUGAAUGGCCUCCCUGGAAUUCCUCAGCACUUCACAGAUGAUGAGAGAGACAUUCACAUGAGCUCACUUGUUCCAUUUGACAGUAGCAAUAUGGUUAGUCUUGAGCAAGUCAGUGGACUGUAUCCCUCAAGAGAAACUGCCGAGGCAUUUUUAGAAAAUUUGAUUUAAUCCAUUUUCACUGCAUACUAGUUAUGAAUCUUGUGUAAUUUGUUCACCCCUCGGUCAAGUAUCGGUCAACACUAUCGGCCAAUACUUGAUUGACAUGUCAGUUGAUAUGUCAGCUGACUCUCGGUUGCCAUAUCGGUCGACAUCUUGGCUGACUCCCAGUCGAUCAUCUCGGCUGACUCUUGGUCGACAUGUUGGCCAAUAUGUCGAGCAAUUAAGUUGACUGAGAGUCAGCCGACAUGUUCACUGCUACAGAUCAGCCGAUAGUGUUGGUCAGUGUGUUGACUGAUAGUCGGUCAACAUAUAGAUUGAUAGGCUGCUGACAUUUGGCCAAUACCUCACUGAUACGUAGUUGACAGUAUAUUUUAUUUUGUGUCUACUCAAAUUUUUGUUAUGUCUUCCAUGCAGCAAGUUUUAAUGGGCUUUGUGGCUUUUACCAGUCUAAUUUGCGAGUAAAAUUUUAAGUGUGUGCGUGUUUUUUUUUUUUUUUUACAUAGGGACCGCUAUGGCAUUGCCUUUGAGAGGUAUUCAAGGACAAUCUAACAUUAAAACAUGUCUAGAACCACGGCAGAAAUCAGCAAGUUGACUUGGCAAGGCUGAUGUGGGAUGACACAAACAAUAGAACUGAAACUAUUUUCAAAUCCCCGAACUGUGAUAUCUCACACGCAACACUGAAACCCAGCUCCCCCAUUCUGAUUUUAAAACACAAAUUAUAUUAUACGACAGUAGACCGAUAUGCCACCAAUAGUCAAUCAAUAUUCCACUGACAGUUGACCAAUAUUCCACCGACGAUUGGCACUCCCCGUAUCGGCCGAGUGUUGACCUAUAUAUAUACUGAUCAUGUAUCGGGUGACAUAUCAGUUGACUUGUUGGCGGAGAUGCAGUCGAGUGCUGGCCAAUGUACUGUCUGACAUAUCAGUUGAGUGUUGACCAACAUAUAGAUCGACCUGUCAACCGAUAUGGUGAUCGCAUGUUGACCAAUACUUGGCUAACAUGUUGAACGACAUAUAGGCUGAUAGUGCCAACCAAUACUCCACUGAGGGGUGCACAAAUUACAUGAGAUCCCAAGUUAUUAAAAUAAGACACAAACAUAGCAGCAGGGAAGGACUAGGGAGGAACAGAGGAAACAUAUGAGCUCGCUUACCCAAUUUAAAAUAACUCACGUGGAAAAAAAAAAAGAAAGAAAAAGAAAUUGUCAGGAAAAUUAACUCAAAAAAACUGCCAAUUAUGAUAAGACUCACUUCAACACUAUGAUUUUAUGCCCAAGUAAAAUGCGGAUGAAAGAGAAAUCAGUUACAUGUACAUUAACAGUUCAAGUUGAAAAGCAAGAAGCACAUAGUGCAUAUAAAUGCUAUUAAGUUGUUAGCAGUGAGGGCAAAUAUUGAUAUUUAUUACAUAAUGGAAUCCGUGAGUGGGCAAGAUGAAGCAAAUCCUGCAUUCUGAUUGGCUACGCUAGUGGGCAUGAUGGGCCCAUCUUGCCUGCUUGGGAUUUCCUGUGUUCUCUUUUUUGCCAUAUAAUAAAUUCUUUAUUGACCAAACUUGUUCAGCCAAGAUGGCUGAAUAUUGGCCUUGUUCUGUUUUGCGUUUUAUUGACCUUGACAAAGAACUUGGCCAAUAUACUGCGUCAGCCAUCCUGACCUCACGCUUGGUUAAUAUUAAACACAUACAUGUAUGUGUUGCAAACAGAUUUUUGUUUUCUCUCCCUUGUUAUGAAGCAAGUUGACUAUCUGAAGUGAGAUGUUUUGUGGAGUCUUUAAUUUUAAUAAAGUGAAUGUUUAUCAAUUCUGGUAGGUGAGAAGUGCAGGUGCCUUGAUUAAGUAUAUUGACAAAAAAAGGAUUGGUGUUGAAUUGGAGGAUCCAGAUGUGAGAGUACCAAUCCUAGGGCUUAAAGUGUUUUCCUUGUAAGUGAGAUUAAGGAGUUUGAGAUACCACGAUGGCGAUGGCCAUGAAAACGUCACUUAAAAAGAGAAUUUGCGUUCUUUCAGUCCGCGAUUAUUUCAACUCAUUUACUUUGUCAAAUUCAAGUGAACUCUUUUUGAUCGAGCCGAAUUCCUAAGAACCAUAUUCACAUUCAGAAAGAGAAAGAAAAUUUAGCCGUCGUUUGUUUAUGUCCUCCGUAAGAUGUUAAAUUAGGCAUUUUGCCAUCGUAGUCAUGCAGUGACGUCAAAGAGAUGUGUAAAAGCAGCAUGCAACAUGUGCAAAGUUGUUGUUUUGCCUAUUCAACCUAUUGUUUUUUUGAUGUUCUUGUUGUCAUUGCCGUCGUUGCGUUUUAAAGUCCCUUUUAUUCAUGUACUAUGACCUUUUCAUGAACCAGGGGUAUAACCAGGAAAUUUCCAGAGGUAUGCACAAUUUUCCAAGUCCUCCUGCCCCCACCCCUACCCUAAAACAACUUUUUCAUGCUUUAUACAUCAAGCUUGCUGCUUACAUGCGUGCAGAUGUCUCCUCUAUUUCUUUUAUAAAUAUGUUACGAUUUCCGCUUGCAACAAAGGAAGUAGGAGGCAUCUGCAUGCAGGCGAGCUUGCCACUGAGUGCCUUUUCCUGCCUUUUCUCUGAACAUACUGGUCUACCAAUGAUCACAUGUCGCUUCUCUGGAAAUCAACAUUUAGGUAUGAAAAAGAAAAAGGGAGUUGUUUUAGGAAAAAGCUAUUUCAAAGAAACAAGCAGGCUUAAAUAAAUGAAUGGAAAAUUGUGCUUUUAAAAUUUUCUUUUUUUAUUUUGUACAAUUUUUCACCACAACAGAUUUUCAGUUACGCAUGUACGUACUAUGUGUAUAGGUAGCUACGCCCCUGUAACUACCCCACAUGCAGCUGUACUAUAUGAAAGGUACUUGGCCCCUUUCAAUCUAAACUACGGUUGCUGCUGCCUAUAGGUAUUUGAUAUUUUUUAUCCAUCUACAAGACAUUUUCCGGAGGUCACCCAGAGUAAUAAAGGUUUUCUUGUCACCCAAAUCCAGGCCUUUGUAACCAAGGUCUACAUGGUGCUGCCAUAACAGCCCAGAGUGCCAAGUGGAGGGGGAGGGGGGGGGGGGAUUGGAAUACCCCUCCCUUCAUCAGCUGCAUUUUGUCUUUUAUCAGUAUUCAUUCUGUCUAAAACUGUUUUAAACUUUCAUUGCAGAAAUGAUCUUCUUAUUGUUGACAACAAUACUUACAGGUACAUUCAUGUUAUUUUUUAGUUGGAUAGAUUAAAAUGUGACCUCAUAUAUCUGAUUGAUUGCGAUGUUUGCCAUUCUAAGUGCUUUACAGAUUCUUCAAAAGGAAAGACACCCAUCUGUGUAUAAAGUGGGAACUGGGAACAGUGGUGCUAAAGAAGGACUUUCUCUGUUUGGUAAGUAAUAUAUCAAACAUGAGAUGCAGUGUUUCAUCACCAGAUGAAACACCGAGAAGAGAGUUGAAAAUACGACUCACAGCGGAGUAUUUUUGACGAACUUCGAGGUGUUUCAUCUGGUGAUGAAACACUGAGUCGAAUGUUUGAUAUUUCUUCUCAAACAAAAUCAUUUUUGAAGGAGAAAUUAAGGAUGCAAAUACUAAGCAGUGUUUCAUCCGAUUUCCAAACACUCAUUAAACAUUAAUUUCCUUUGUAUUUUCUUAAUGAAUUAUUAAUGAGUUUGAGAAGUUAAUAUCAAACAUACUUCUCUGUAUUUACCACUGCAGUAAAAUCCAUCUAGUGUUUGGGGUUUAUUUGCAUUACACAUACUUUUGUUAGUUAGCUGAUAUCUACAGUAUUUUCUGCAGGUAUCAUCAACAGAACUAAAUCUGUUCUUGGGAGUCACAUGUUAAGGUGUGUGUUUAUAAAGUGCUCACAUUUUUACAAAUAUCUUUGUCGGUUGGUAUUGUAAUUGAAGGGUUUCCUGUAAAAAGAAGUGCCACGAUAUUAGACUGGUUGAAUUUCUUGUUUUCACUUCAGGAUGUGGUUUUUACGGCCAUCAAGAGACAUCAGUCUUCUUAGAAAAAGACAAAAGGCAGUAUCUUACUUCAUGAGCCUCAGAAAUGCAGAGCUUGUGGCUUCUUUACAGGACUGCUUGAAGCACAUCAAGAAUGUCUCUGUAAGUCAUUUAAUAGCUGAUCCCUUUUGUGUGUGAAAUAUGUUUGCUCAUACCAAGCCUUUUUUUAACAGAGAAUAUUGUCUAGAAUGACUACAGCUCAAGCAUCAGUUGGGGACUGGCAGGCACUUUACAAGGUGAGUUCAGCCCGAAUAUAGAACUGAUUUAUGAUGCCAAGGAAACAGUGAAGUAACUCUAACUGAUAUUAAUAAUAAUCUGUUAAUUAUUACAGUAGAAGAACAUUACAUGUAUCUUUUGUCCAAGAAAAAAUGGCCUCUCGCUGCUUGAAGUUAAUGGUUUUUUUCCCUUUGCUACUUAGACAGCCUAUAAUGGGACCUACAUUGCUGAUCUCUGUAAAACAAUUCCAACAGAUAUUGAAAUUGCCAGAAAGGUAUGCAUGAUACUAUUGGCUUUUGCAAUGUUGUAUUAAAGUCUCAGAAAAUAUUUACUAUCUCGUGCUAAUUUCUUCCAAAGUGAAUCUGAAAUCAUGUGAUACCCUGUGGCACUUUCUGCUCACUUCCACACUGCCGCUGUUUGAUUUACCUUGGUAGGAUAGACUAGGAUACAACUGACAUAGUUACAGCAUGGUGCAUGAUACUGACUUUAGUUUGACCGAGUUGAGCUCCUGACUAUAAUGCCACAUUACUGGGACAAAGGGUGUCACUAUUUAUUUAUUAGUUUUGACUGUACUUUGCAUUUUUUUAUCAACUAGGUUACAACUAGUUUUACUGAUGACUUACAUGGUAUUGGGAGUCUUAUAAGCAAAAUAGUAAGAUGUGUUUCUUAUCACUGUAUCUAUAGUUUACAUUUCGAUACUAUUGAGAAUUUUCUGAUUUUUAAACUAUUUGGCAGGUGUUUAAUUGGACUUAUCAUAUUAAUUUAUGUUCUUAUUUGCUCAGAUUGACUUUGAUGAAUCUACAGAACAGAAUCGCUUUGUUGUUAAGCCUGGUGUGGAUCCCUCAUUGGAUGAAAGUAAGAAUGUUUGUCUACAUUUACCUACCAAUGUGUCCUGUGUUCAGUUUCAUUUGUAAAAUGUCAUCCUAACAGUCUUUUUUGUUUCAACUAUUUCUACAUGGUGGUCAACAUUCCACCCUUCUUACCAUUACAUUAGUCUAUACUAUGUACACCCUUGCUCAGAUGAUAAUUAUGCACAGUAAAUGUGAUGUUAUAUAUUGUAAACAAAACACUGUCUUAAAGCUGUUAAAACAUUCAUCUCUUGUGUUUAGUGGUGAAAUGGUUUUGUCUGGUCUGAUGUAUUUUUUGAGCGGGGUCAGGACACUUGUUUCAAUCACCCUCUUGGAUUUGCUACUGUAAGCAGUGAUUUUGUUUACUCUGCAUACUGUGUCCUGUGUCCCUGAUGCAAGAUAAUUCAUUGCAACCCUGGACCUACUUUAACAUCCUAGUGGUCUACUAUAAAACUUAAUGAGAACCCUAAAUGCAGUCACAAACUUUUGACUAAGAAGCUUUUGACAGUCCUAGACGUCCUACUUCUAUUCUCCCCCAGAAAGUUGCAUUACUGUCUUCUGUACCUUAAAAAGUAAACUGGACCUUCACUGGCCUUCUGUUCAUCAGUAUUGUUUACUCUUGUUUAUUACAGAGAAGAGGACUUACAAUGGCCUUCCAGACUUCAUGACAAAAGUAGCUCGGGAGGAACUAAAUAAACUCAGUUCUUCUAUAACCGAGUGCAAUGUUAUUUACCUGCCGCAGGUAACUGUAAAUACUUAAUCUAUUUAUUCAAGUGUAUGGUUGGUCUAUAAUUUAUGCAAUACAAAUUUAACUCUUCUUACAGCUAGGUUAUUUGCUAGCAAUCCCCAGAUCAUCAGAAAUGAAAGAAGAGAAGGACUUUGCUCUAGAUGGCCUGGAAUUUGUGGUGAGCCAACCUGUAACGGCAGAGUACAUACUGUGUGUGACUUAGAUCUGUGAAUAUUCAGUUAACUCAGCUUGAUAAUUUUUUGUUCACAUUAAUUUUUCUGUCUCAGUUUCUUAGCAAUAACAGAGUUCACUACAAGAGUGCUAGCACCAGAGGUAAGAUCAGUUUGUGGAGAGUUAAACUUGGUAUGGCACAGCCACGCCCAUUUGAAAGAAGGUUUCACAGAAAAUUAACUCACCUAUGCAUGCUGCGUUUCAGAACUUGAUAAUCUCUUGGGGGACACACAGUGUGAAAUAACAGGUGAGUAUAGUUUGGCCUUUUACCCCUCUUCAGAAGGUAGCUAAUUUGUUCAGGAAAGAACUAGCAUUAUUGUUGCUAUGUCAUACCUGUUUUGGAGUUUUGUAUGUUAACUUUCGCUAAAUUUUGCCGUCUGCUUUGUUUUCAGAUCAUGAGACGGCAAUCAUGCAUCGUCUGCAAACAGUUAUUUUAGAACACACAAAAGUCUUAAUGGAUGUCAUGGAAUGCUGUGCAGAGUUGGACUGGUAAUCACCUGCAAAGUUCUUUAUCCCUUCUCAAUAGUGACCAGCAAUAACACUGCCUCAUAAAACACACAAGUCAUGAGAAUGAAUAAAAUGAUUACCAAAGAUGAAAUGUAGAGUAAAUGUCUUCAUGUUUGAAGAAAUUAUCUAAAGUAGUACCAUAAGAAAUUGAAGAACAGUGUGGAGAGUUUGCAUGUUGGUAUUUGUUCUUUAAUGGUUGAAAACGACCAGGUCAUGACGAUUUCAAUGAUUUUUGCGUGUUUUUGUGAGCUGAAAGAAACAUCGUGCACUGUUAAACCAGCUCCAUGACUCCAGAGUGAAGUCACGACUACACCUACAAAUUGAGACAAAAAAGUGUGUGCCAUUGUUUUCAAGUAUACCUGAUGCAGUCCUCUUAAUGUUUUUCGGUUUUGGCCAUCCAUGCUUCUGUUGGGUGUUUCUUUUUGUUUACAUUGUACACCAGCCCCUUUGAGGGCUCCCUGAAGUCAACCACACACUUGUCACACUUCUUUAGACAUUUUUUGGCACUGAUGAGAGAGAAUUACCCUCGACAGAAAACAAUUCGUGCAUUUAAGAAGGGAUUGGUAGUUAACUGAAAGUAAUUUUAUCAUGACUUGUGGUUCAAGCGUAUAGACUCAUAUUAGUAUUGUUUCUCUUUCAGCCUAAUUGCCCUUGCCUUGUGUGCUAGGGAAAAUAACUAUGCUUGUCCGGAGCUGACAACUUCCUCAGUGUUAAACAUAGAACAUGGAAGGUACAGUUUCAUCACUACUUUGCCUUUAGUUGUUUUAUUUUUGCAACCUUUAUUGCCAUAGUGCGCGCUUUAAAAUUGAAUUACGGAAAUCAAAUCCUGGAGUUGACUUAAAGCCUGUUUUAAGAAGAUAUAAGAACGCCAACAGAUAAUUGUACUAGUCUCUUUUGAUCGGUGUUGACUGCAAAACCCUGCAAUGUUUUCUAGAUUUGCAACUAAACUUGUAAGCCUCAGUGUUGCUUUCUUUUUUGUCAGACAUCCUUUGCAGGAACUGUGUGUAAAUCAGUUUGUACCCAAUAACACCAUGAUUUACAGGGACAGUGGUCGGUUAAAGGUUUUAACAGGACCUAAUGCCAGCGGGAAAAGUGUCUACCUUAAGCAGGUAAAGUGUAUGACGGUGUGCAUUUGAGCCUUUCAGUGUAUACCUGUUAGGGCGGUUGAGGUGUAGACUCUCUGAAGGUUCCCCAAUAGCUUUCCUCAAUCGCGUCAUCCCGACCCAUAUUUUCGCUCAAUCCCGUAAUCCCGAUAGUCAUUUUCAAUCCCAAAUCUCGCCCCCAUUUUGCUUAAUAAAAUCCCAAAUAAGGCAAAUCCCGGAUACCGAAGAAUUUAUUGGGGAACCCUCUGUGUGUGAUUCAACUGUGGUUCAGGCUCUCAUUCAGUCGGGAAAAGCGAAUAUAAAAUCAGAGCUUGGUUUAAAGGGUAAUCCAAAUUCUAUCCCCACCUUGGGUUUUUAGAGAUUCAUUUUGCUCAGCAUUGUUGUAUAAAAACGAGCACCCCUCGUAUACAUAUAAAGAACGGAAAAUACCAAAACUGCCGCUGCCCUUUUCAUUUUUCUUUAGGUUUUCUUUUACCUUUAAAAUACCAGGACCCGAAUUUUGAUGUUUGUAAUUUGUAAACAGCAGCAUUUCCCCCCCUAACAGGUUGGCUUGAUCGUGUUCCUUGCACAUAUCGGAAGUUUUGUGCCCGCUGACUCAGCAACUGUUGGCAUCACAGACAGAAUCUUUACACGAAUACACACCAGGGAAACUGUAUCCGUCGGCCUAUCAACGUUCAUGAUUGAUCUAAACCAAGUAAGUUCCCCUGAGACCGCUAUUGAGAAAACAACAACCUCGUUCCCAGGGUUCUCUCCUACCCGCAAAACAAAACAUACAAGCUAAAGAGGUCUAUUGCGGUUCAGGCAUUUUAAAUGGAAAGUAAAAUAAAUGGUAAUUACAAUAAAAUAUUCACUGACGAAAAUUCCUGCCUUAAAGAACUGACAGUUUCCUCCGUCGCCCUAACGAGCCAUCGAAAUGUCAGCUUCGGAGUCUCCGUUCCUGAUCAGUUGAAUCAAUCAUCAUCAGAAUAUUGCUCUGUCACUGUUUUGGCUCAAGUGGCACGCCCAUUCUUGGACUUGUCUGUAAAGAUUCUAAGCUUAGCGCGUUAUUGGAGGGUGUUAAGUUUGGAAUGUCCUAACCCUUUCACUCCUAAUAAUGAACGAAUGAAAAAAGUCACCCCCCCCCCCCCACCCCGCUGCAAAAAAUAAUUGUAUUUUAAUCCUAAGACGAAAUAGCCUGAGUAUCAGGCCUUCCUAAGGGGCUAGGGGAGAAGAGAUUUUGCAUGGAACGCCUGAUGCUCAGGCUAAAGACGAAAUUAAUUUGUGCAAAAACCUGCCAAAGAGGUUUCAAUAGGGAGUUUAAGAAGCGACGUUUUUGAGCAUGUCAACUUGAAGUGGACUUUUUGCACACUUGAGCUGUGAUUUUGAACAAACUUUUGGGCAAAUCGUCUCUAUAGGAGCAAAGAAACUUAGCAAUACAUAUUUGGUGGCGUUAAGUCAUAUUAACCCUUUCACUAAGAGACUGCUUGAUGGAGUUUUGAAAGGUGAUUGUAACUUUUGCGUUUGUGGACGAAAUCCUAUGAUAUGACCAUUUAAAUGAAAGGUCCCUGCCUGUUCUUUUCAAAAUGUUAGAAAAUGAAAUUUGGAAAUCUGGUCGAAAUUUGCCUUUAACUACGUUUGGCAGUGAAAGGCUUAAAGGAGAAAAAACGCACUUCCGGUUAAUGUGCAUCGCUCAAAAAGUUGCUGUUUAAGCUCUCUGUUUACAAGGUAACACCACAGUAUUUCGUCCAAAGAUGCAAAAGUUAGAGUAAGUGACAAAUCAUCACUCCAUACCUAAGUCUAAAAGUGAGAGAGUUUAUCAUGUCUCUUGGUUUAUUAACUGGUUGAUUUUUUCGUUCAUUUUAAGGUAGCCACCGCAGUACACGGAGCAACAGUGAACUCACUGGUUAUCAUUGAUGAGUUUGGAAAAGGAACAGCCACGGUAUGUGAAAUCAUAUGAUAAUAGUUUUAACAAAAAUUCCAUUUUUAUCGUUGUUUCUUUUGUUUGUUUGCUCCUUCGUUUAUGUUUUGUAUGGAAGCCCUGUAUACGUAAUUAUCAAAGCGAGUAUUGCUGAAACUCUGGGAAAAGGCUUUCAGACUAACGCCGGCAACAGCGAAACUGAAAUGACUGUCAUUUUCUGUUAUAGUCGUUUUGUUUUUAAAGAGAUUAAUGUUUCUUUUAUUAAUAAUUGACAAUCUGACAAAAACUGAUAUGGAAAAGGAAGUAAAUGAUGAUAUUUGAAGUCAUGAAAUACGAAAACUUAUGCUAGUAACUUGCAACGGGAUCGAAGACCUAGAGCUCUGUUAUUCCGUGUUUUCUUUAGAUCGAUGGUUUGUCUUUAUUGAGUGCUUCUCUCCGCUACUGGCUCGCACGUGGACCCAGCUGUCCUAAGAUCCUGGUCUCUACACACUUUCAUGGCUUGGUGCGACAAAAACUGCUGCCUCAGUCAACGCUAGUCCAAUAUCAGGUCCGUACUGAACUCUUAACACCAAAGGUGCUAACAUAGAGUCAGACCCAAUGUUCUAUUAGUGUAGGGUGAAGCCAUAACGCACUUUUCGAAACCGUGAAACUUGCGAGAAACUGUUCAGUUGCUGCGCGCGAUCGUCGAAAGUGCUCCGCACCCUAUUAAAUCUAGACGAAAUGGAAUUUAGGAUUGAUGUCGAUAAUAUCCCUUUUGUAACUUGUGAAAACGGAUAUUUGUAAAAUGAUUAUUUAUUAUGUAAAUUUUGGAGAUGGGGACCUUUGGGUCAAAACAUUCUUCGAUCAUUGCGAAGAAAUAAUUUAUUCUAUCGCAAAGUCUGAAUCAGGUAGAACUGUUUGCUUGUCAGGAUGUGUAAAGAUUAAAUCACAUAAAACCAAACGAAAUGCGCAUGUCUGCAAUCUCACCUCGAAAAAAAUAUAGGAAUUUCCCGGCGUAUUCUGUUUUUUUACCGUCCGCCGAAAAUUUGUAAAACACGCGAUUUAAAACUAAUGAUGUAACCACCAGCAGUUCCAACGUAGCAUCACUAAGAGUUUUGUCACGGCGUUACAACUGAAGACAAUGGAAGUUAUGUAAUUCUUUUUUUUUUUGUCUGGUUUUAACGAAUGAAAUGUCGCCUUUGAAGACAAUGGAAGUUAUGCAAGAGGAAGAAGAUCUCGUCUUUCUUUACCAACUCGUGGACGGUCAUGCGAACAGUAGUUUUGCUUGUCAUAUAGCCUCUCUUGCUGGUGUACCAGAUGAACUGAUCAAGAGAGCUCAUCAGGUUUGUAUUACACAUUUACUUUUGAACCCGUCUUAACCGUUUCAGUCCCAAUAUUGGCUUAAGGUUUGCGCAAAAAUCAACAAAAUUUUCAAAUUUCAUUUUGUAAAAUGCUGAGAAACAAAUAGUACUGUGUAGAAGUACACCAGGUUACACCAUGGUAUUUCGUCCACAGACUCAAAAGUUAGAACCACAUGCAAAACAAAUAGUACCGUGUAAUAGCACUACCAAAGAGGUCUUGUUUGGAUGGUUACACCAUGGCAUUUCGUCCACAGAUUCAAAAGUUAGUAGAACCACCUUACAAGACCAUCAUUCACUCUGGGAGUGAAAGUGUUAAUCUCAAAAAAACUCUUUGUAUUGAAACGGUUGGGCAAUUAGGUUUCCUGUUUUUGCGUUCUUGUUAGUAUUCUUGGCUACGUACGUGAGGCAUAUUAGAUUAAGAAGUCGAUUUCGUGGGUCAGCCACAAGCAUUUCUUGAGUUCCUGUGUAGUUUAGUUGAGCUCUCGCACGUGAAGUUCUUUUAUAAAAGAAGUCAUAGAUUCCGGUAACGAAAGAAAACUAACUUGCCAGUGUUGUCUUAAAAGACGAUUCAGAUGCCAAAAUUUAACCUGUUUAUCCGAUUUCCAGCGAAAGGAAAUAAAAUUAAAAACCUUUGCGUGGUGACUAAGAUAAUUGUAGUUCAUCGUCUUUGUAGUUGCCCACGACGCUUCGUCAGUUAAUUACUCUGUUACUUAACAAUCAAAAAAGCAGUUAUAUAUAUGAGUAUCAUUUCCCGUAGUCUCCAUGAUUCCGGUUCAGAAAGGCUUACAACUCGUUGUUUAGAUUCAUUGAUGAAAAAAAAAAUGUCUUUAAUAUUUUGAAUUACUACUUUUCGUGUCGACGGACAUGAACCCGACCAGAGGGCGCUUGUACUUAAAACGUUAAGCCCCGACUUUCUCAAUGCAUGUGAUAUUCCUUUGAAGUACUUUCUCUAAGCAAUUUGAUAUUAAUUAAGAGGAAGGAAAUGUUGAAAAGACUGUACAGUCUGAAGUAGAUGUCCACCGGUGGGGAUCUAUAAUUCGUGGGUAGAUACAGAGAGAGCUACUGGUAAUAACUUCAACUCCUGUAUGCGGGGUUUGGUGAGGGUGACUUUUACGAUAUGUAUAAAACAGAAAAAUAAAUCCUUCGGUCUAGAUCUUGUUCUGUUGAGAUGCACCACCUCUUCUCGGUGGGUAUUUUCUCCUCCUGUUGAGAAAAAUAGUUUUCGGUUGAUCAAUAAAUUUUAAGGUUGUUUCACUAGCGACGAAGUCGGAGUCGUAGUCGGAGUUCGUAAUCAGCAGCGGAGAGCGUUACAACAGAUUUAGUGAAAACAGCCUUCUGAUUCCGACAACGGCUUCGAUCGCGCUUACGAUCUAGUUUGUCGCGGUCGCAAGUGGAAACGGAACAACUUAACCAAUCAGAAAGCGUGGAAACGAGCAUUGUGAUUGGAUUAUCCUUGCGCUUCUGCUUCCGACUCCGACAAUCUGGUUUUCAUCUGAUCGUAAGCGACGGAGCCGCAAUAAAACGGAAACGUUCCGAUUCUUCCGACUCUGAUUCCGUCGCGUUUCUGACUCCGCUUAAGACUCCGAUUUUUGUUUUUCACUCGAACAUAAGCGCUCUUACGAUUCCACUUUCGUCUCCGACUACGACUCUGUCAGCGUAGGUUUUAAACAGCUCACAACUUCUCAGUAGCACGUUAACAAGCAUAAAGUUUAGCGUUUUGUCUCAUCAAUUUUCCUCGUGAACUGCUUACGUCAUGCGAUAAAUUAAGGACAACGAUCUUAAAAUAGCCCCAAAUGUAAGUGCCAGUUAUCCUAACCAUUUCAGACAAAUGAGCUACCUCUAGCGUGGAUAAUAAGGAUAAAGUACCGCUAACGAUCCACGAGGAUCGAAAUGUACCAAUCACCAGCAGCCAACAUCGUCGCGUGAUAAAGACCUGCAGUAGGCGCCCGUCGAAAUGACGUGAUCAAUAUCGGGGUAAUUAUCACGGUGUGAGGCAAGUGAUAAUUGCAGCUUUCGAUGCCACUUGAUCGCUGUUUAUUUAACCACCGUUACCACAUCCUCGUACAACUUUUGGAAGCAACGGAAACAACUGUUCGAUCUUCUACCGUCAUGACAACUCACCCUUAGCAAAAGAAAAAAGGUGAUUAAGUUUGGAAACUACUAUAAUUGGUCCCAACAAUAAACAUCGGCGCAAAAAGUGUUGGCUGGAAACAUUAACCUGAUCAGCCAACGCAACCGUAAACCGAUUUUGCUUCAUCUUAAUAGAGCUGGGCAAGCUACUUUUAUUUAAGUCGUCCACGUCGUAAAUAAGUAGCGUGUCCAUCUUCCCACAAGUUUUUUGUUGUGUAACUUGGCUCACUUAAGUCAACAUUUUGCCCUAAUUGAGCAGUUAAUGUUGACAGUAGGUAAGGGAAAGGGUGGGUCGGUACUUUCCCGGUACAUCUUAUACUGAUCAUUUUGAUUUAACUUGUGCAGGUGACGGAACUGGUAAGAACCAACAAACCGUUGCAGAGAAUGGACACAGAAAACAGUGAAGAUCAACAAAAAAGGUUUGGUUUUACUUAUACUGUUUAGCUUAGUCUUCGUAAACAAUAGUAAGCGAGGCUCCGUAUCGGGUUUCUCCGCCAGGAUCUGACGUCAGCACUUAUUAUUAGGGAACUCAAGCAAGCACGACGGCUGAGGCAACGCGAACAUCAAAAAGCAAAGGUUUGAUCAGCAAAACAACAACUCUGCUCGUGCUUUUCGAGCAAUUCUUUGCCUGCACGACUACGACGUAAAACGGUUUGUUGUAACCUGCGCAACGUAACGUAACGUAUUAUACCAAAAGUUUGAAACUACGUAAUAUCCCAGUCGUCCCACAGUUUGUUCGAGCAACGGUCGAUCUGCCGAACACUUAUACUGCGCAUGUCUGCUAGUCCCACUUGCAUGUAAACGCAACUUACCCAUGACGCUGUAAAUUGCACAAUGUUUGAAAUAACUUUGUCGCGUGACAUAGAUCGUUUGCUAAACCGGGGCGAGUUGUGAAACUUCAAGAAACAGUUAGGGACUUAGCUUUUCCCCCCCGCUCACACAACAGGUUUUUGAUGAUGGUUUUGGUAAUUCUCGCAUUCGUCAUGUCCGUGUGCGCUGCAUGUUCGCUUUAACUUAUCGUUUGCUACCAUUGUGCGGAGACCGCUACAUUUGGAUUAUUUUAGGUUAAAACCUUUUACAAUAUAACAUGGAUAAACUUAAAACUGCAGCUCACGUCUUAGCUACUUUGAUUUUUGAAAAAGGUUGGAAAACCAUUUUAUAUGAAUAGGUUAAAAAUAAACUCUUUUACAUUCGCGAUUCUCUGUGCUCUUUGAUGAAUACGGGAUUGAAUUCACAAACUUUGGAAGACUCAAACGCACGAGUUACAGCCAUUUUAAAUAUUGAUUUUUUUUAGUAAUGAGCAAUAAUAAAAAGACAGUUAAUUCUGGAUUGUGUACGCUUUACGUGGCCACUUUGCUAAACAACUGCUUCGCAAAAAAAUUCGCAGAUUAUAAUAGUGAAAAGUUUCCCGGGUAUUGCGCAGUUUACAAAUUGUGGUAUAUUGCGCUGCGUUGCGGUGCGCAGUUUAGAGCAAGCCACGUAAAACCUCCUAAUGAGACGUUUCAUGGAUGACACGAGCCGCGGAAGCCGAGAAAAAAAAAUUUCUUACUCAUUCAGAACUUGGACUCUGUCCAAAUUAAAGGGACUAUGCAAAGAUGAUGUUGCUGUUUUUGCUCAAUUCUGUGCUAAGUCAUUACUUAGUUCCUAUGAGUUCCUUUACCCAUACAUAAAAUGCUGCUGUAGAGUUGAAAAUAAGAUAUCAAACCAAUUUAAGCAUUUUGGUGACUUAAGCAGGCAUAGGAUUAAAACUUGAAAACGCUGGGCCAACGUUUUCAAGUUUCAAUCCUUGCCAUCCGUUACAACAGACGACAGGAAACAACGUCAAUGCCUAACCAUAGUCUUCAAUAACAAAACUCGAUCAUUAUUUUGAGAAUUCAAUAGAUACGGAAGAAGUUUUUGCUUUUUUUCCUAGCCCUUUUAAUUUGGUGACAUUUAACAUAUGGAGCGAGUUGGAAUAAUCGCGGUGAAGUUUGAAAAAACGAUGUGGCUGUGACGUUUCUGGCGCUUCCUUCUUUGUGGUCUCGUCGCCGUCGUAGAAAACGCCGAAAACGUGCAAUAGGGGCGGGUGCGGGGGUGGGUUGGCUCUCGCCCCAUGCCAAUUCUCGCCAUUUAUUGCACUGGAACACUUGUUCUGUAUCCGGGUUUCUUGUUGUUUUUUUUUUUUUCAUGCUUCAGCUUUGUACUUCACGAACUUCAAUGGCCUUGCCAAACUCGGCAAACUAUUUUAAGCUACAGAAUUCGGUUGGAGCAAAAUUCUGUGUAAAACAUCCAAAUAUUGGAGCAAAUCAUUUUGAAUAUGAUAUCAUUUCAUGUUUUCAGCCAGUUUCUGUAAACCAACGUCACAGACUAAUUUGCCGUGACCCUUUCAAGAUUAUUUUUAUUCCUAACUCACGCGCAAUUUUUUGAAGGCAAAUUUUACAUCAGCCAUACUUCAAAACUACAAUAGAUUAGGCUGACAGUUUUUGAAUGUAUGAGCAAGUAAAACGAAUGGAUAAACACUUGGCUUGGGGGAGGUCGUUCCAGUGAAGUCGUCUGUUACUGACUUUCACGCACUUCAGUUCAACAUUCAAUGCUCCUUUGAAGCCGAAUCAGUCUAAGUGUAUUAUAUCACAAAACUCUGAAAGUCACUGAAAUGCGAUAUAUCAUUGUUAAUAAUGAGAAUAAAUAUAAAUAAGAAAAAACAAAUAUAUAGAUUAACAAUAUCCCUGAGCUACGCAUAUUAGCUUGUCUUUCCCUUACACUCUUAAAAAUAACCUGCUCAAAUCCCUUGUAAUUAAAAAAUCGAUAAUGUCAGUCUCAGCAGCACUUUGGCCGAGCUAAUCAAAAAGGCCAAUACUUGUAAUCAAACCCGAUAUUGUACUUUAAAUCGCUUAGUCACGAAACUUUCAGCUAAUGACAACGUAUAUUUUAUGUGUGAGAAAAAUUAAUUGUUGAUUUUUUAAUAAGGGCUAUUCAAAUCAGUUGACUGACUCUUCUUUUUCAGGUAUGAGGCGAUUGUCGUGAAUUUCUUAAAGCUUGACCUGGAGCAUGCUGAUCCACACUGGUUUCUCUCCGAGCUACUUCAACUGACUGCAAAGGACUAGUUGACCCACUCUUGUUGGCUUGGAUGUGCCGGUGUUUAGGAAAUUUCGACAGUGCAUGAUAACCGGUUAACUCCGUCACUGUUCAGUCAUGUGAUAUGCAGAUAUUACUUUUAAGGCUUUUCAGCUUUUUCCAGAAGUGUCGAAAGUCAGGCAAAAUUCUUAAAUUGCACCUUAUAAAUAAGAACCCUAACAAAAAUACACCGUGCAAAAUUUGAAGCACCGAUGGAGAGGUUUCAUUUCAAUUGAAUGGUCGCUUUUUUGGAUUUUAAUCAAGAGUUGGAAAUCCUUGUAGAAUACAACACGGCCUUCCGCAGUAUCUUGUAUUUUAAUGGUCGCUAUUAAGAAUUUUUCCCACGUACUCAAAACUGAGUUAAAACUUCCUUGUACAACAGAAUUAAGGGCGCCACAGUAGCUUUUAUUUGACCACACUUUCAGAUAUAUUCCACAGAUUCCAAAGUUCGAAUCACCUUUUGCAUAGGCAACAAGGUAAAUGCAGGUAUUUAAGGAAAUGUGUCACGACAGUAACGGCCAUUUUCGGUUUAAUUUUGCCAGUUCACCGCUAUGUCACAUCAGUUUAGGAGUUACUUCUAAAUAUCAGUACCACAACUUCUAGACGAAUAAGUCUUCCAAACAUAGCUUAUAAUUCCAGAGUUCAUACCAAUAACUGAGUUAAAAAAAUGUUUGGUGGCCAGUUCUCAGUUGUUGUUUUUAUUUCGUUUAUAAAUUUUGUAGCGAGGCUCCUUCAAAAGUAUAAAACACUUUGUACAGUUUAUUCAACAUUCCCACAGGAAAGUACUGCUCAACAACAUUUGAAUGGUCACACUUCAAGUCGAUAGUAAAACUUUGUUAUAUAACACAACAGUUAUUACCACAAUAAAAUACUGAUCAUCGGUUUUCACUUUGAUGAUCAUGUUUUAGAAUUUCACCCACUGCCUCCCAAGUUUGUCUUACCUCUUGCUGCGUGCUAAACAGUAUCAAAAGACAGCACUGCACUGAAUGGAAACGCUUUAGCUUUUCAAUAACAGACUCAAAAGUUGCCAAACUUCCUCUUGUACAACACAAUACUCAAGUAUUCAGUACCAUGAAGUACUUAGUCAGACCAUAGGAUUUCAUCCAUACUCAAUGGAUUCCGUUAUGGCUCACCGACAGAAGGGCCAAAACCCAAGUGAAAUCAAAUAGUGACUAUUCAACCAAAAGUCCUGCUACAGUUCCUCUUUUGUUCUGUUUAUUUUUACCUAGUGUGUAACAAAGAGCAAGUUCUUGACCUAAACAUCUAUUCAUUCGAGGAAAUUUUUAUUCCAAAGAGGG